AUCAAAAACGUUUUUCCAGUGAAACAGUCUCUCAUAAGCCGUCGUUAAACCUCUCCACACUUGGCCCUUUUGUAUCAGAAAAAGCAAUCUUCAAUCCAAGAUCAUGAGCCGGCAGCCGGAGGUUCUGUGGGCCCAGAGGUCCGACAAAGUGUACCUGACCGUGUCCCUGCCCGACGCCAAGGACAUCUCCGUUAAAUGCGAACCAGAGGGCCAGUUCACCUUCGCCGCUGUUGGGGCUAACGGCGAGCCCUUCAGCUUCACUCUGCAGCUUUAUGACAAUAUUGCUCCUCAGGGAUGCAGAACAAAAACUGGUCUAAGGAAUAUACUAUGCUCUAUACAAAAGGAGCAAAAGGGAUGGUGGAAAAGACUAUUGAAAUCCGAAGAAAAGCCUGCUCCAUACAUUAAGGUUGAUUGGAAUAAAUGGUGUGACAAAGAUGAUGAAGAAUCUGAAUCAUAUCUGGGUUCUGAUGAUGACACCAUGUAUACCGGUGAACAUGAAGAGAGCAGUGAUGACGAGGGCAUGCUCUAUCUUCCUGAUUUGGAGAAAGCUCGAGGCAAUUAAAGAGUCGCCUUCGUCUAAGAGCGUACCGUAAGACUUAUCAUCGGGCACCAAUGUAGAGAUUGCUGAAGUGUAUGAGAGACCAUGUCAUGCUCAGGUUCUUUUCCCUUUUAAGGGUAUUAUUUAGAGGUGAAAUUAUUAUUGUAUAGAUUUUGAUGAAGUUCUGUUUGUUUAGUUCAAAAUUUGGUAUCGGCAUCGGCAUCUCUAUUUCUACAACAGCUUAGUUCAAAUGGCACUCAGUUAUGAUCUCUAUAAUGCACAAAAAUGUUUGAGGCUGUAUUUUACAUCAUUACAUGCAAUGCCCGAAUUGCAAAAUAUGUUUAUUUUUUCUUUCA